UAAAUCACCGCUUGAUGUGAAUUCUCUUAGGUAGAGCAGUCAGCUCUUUUCCUACAGGCAGUUUCUAAUAAUUCCCGGAACACUGAGAGCGUCGGUCUCACUCAGCAGAACGCUGGAUGAACACAGCAAAGCGGCGGUGCCGCAAUCAGCGAAACCCCGCAUUCACCAUUCUCAUCCACACCGCGUCUGCUGCCUGACAGAAACUAUAGGCUCAAGCUAUAUGCUUUUGUCUAGACAACAACUGACAACAUACGUUGACGCUUUCACUUAUCGUUUAACGAAUCGCUCGAAAAAGGUUUGAUCAUCUUUAAGCUCCAAAUCAUCGUUUGGUUAUAAACCGAGCGUUCGCACAAUGGUUCUGCUGCAUCGCCGCCGGAGAAAAGAAGCACUGGUUUGGCUGUUGCCCGGUCUGCUUGGAGUCUGCAUGGCAUUUGGCCCAAGCAAAGCAGAGGAGGAAGAUUAUGAGGAUGUCCCCAUAAAUAAAACAUGGGUUUUAUCACCAAAGGUCUACGAGAGCGACGUCACCCUUAUCCUAAACAAAUUACUGCAAGGUUAUGACAACAAACUGAGACCAGAUAUCGGAGUGAGACCGACUGUGAUUGAGACGGCAGUGUACGUGAACAGCAUAGGCCCGGUAGAUCCCAUCAAUAUGGAGUACACCAUCGACAUCUUCUUUGCUCAGACGUGGUACGACAGCAGACUGAAAUUCAACAGCUCAAUGAAACUCCUCAUGCUCAACAGCAACAUGGUGGGAAAAAUCUGGAUCCCUGACACGUUUUUCCGUAACUCUCGUAAAUCUGAUGCCCACUGGAUCACGACACCGAAUCGCCUUCUGCGGCUCUGGAGCAAUGGAAGAGUGAUGUAUACUCUAAGGUUGACUAUUAAUGCGGAAUGCUACCUUAAGCUGCAUAACUUUCCCAUGGAUGAACAUUCGUGCCCUCUGGAGUUUUCAAGCUAUGGGUAUCCAAAGAAUGAGAUCCAGUAUAGAUGGCAGCGUCGUUCGGUUGAAGUUGCAGACCAGCGGUACUGGAGGCUUUACCAAUUUGCCUUUGUGGGCCUACGAAACACUUCUGAUGUGGCAAACACUCAGUCUGGAGAAUAUGUGGUUAUGACUAUUUUCUUUGACCUGAGCCGGAGAAUGGGCUACUUCACCAUCCAGACCUACAUCCCCUGCAGUAUGAUUGUGGUUUUGUCCUGGGUCUCUUUCUGGAUUAACAAGGAUGCUGUACCUGCCAGAACAUCUUUAGGAAUCACAACUGUGCUCACCAUGACAACCCUAAGCACCAUAUCGAGGAAGUCCUUGCCGAAGGUGUCGUACGUGACAGCCAUGGAUCUAUUCGUGUCUGUCUGCUUCAUCUUCACCUUUGCUGCUCUUAUGGAAUAUGGGACUCUACAUUAUUUCACAAGCAAUCGACAGAACAAGAAGACCAAAUCAAGCCAUGCACAGAAACCCAGCAUGGUUAACAUCAGACCAGGGACAUCUCUGCUGCAGAUGAACAAUAUUGCUCCCUACCAUGAGGAUGAUGAUUAUGCGUAUGAAUGUCUGGACGGGAAAGACUGUGCCAGUUUCUUCUGCUGCUUUGAUGAUUGUCGCUCCGGAGCUUGGCGUGAGAACAGAAUGCAUGUCCACGUCUCCAAAAUCGACUCCUACUCCCGAAUAUUCUUCCCAACCGCCUUUGGCCUCUUCAAUCUUGUCUACUGGAUUGGAUAUCUGUAUCUUUAAAGAUGCUUGGCAAGUGGGAGAGGGACUCAGUUCUAGUAAUAUUCGCAAAUCAUCUGUAAAUUCUCCAUCUGCUAAAUCUGGCAGCAUAAAUCUUUGAGAGAAGGGGACGUGUGAGGCUUGAGUUGGAUGUAUUAAUACUUAAUGUGUCUUUAAUUGUACAUGAGAUGUGAUUUAUUGCAGGAUUUGAAUCUUAGAAGGACAAUGUAUUGAUGCCAAGAGAAGGAAGGAAAUGCUAACAGUUCGAUUGUUCAUCAACUACACACGCCAUAUCAAACAGAUCUCAUCUACGUUGCCUAGUUUAAAAUGAUCUCUUAAAUAUCCACCAAAAUAUCUGCAGAAUUUUUUUUGAACUGCAAUAUUAGCAUCACUAAUGCAACUAUGUUAACUUCAGGUUAUUAUCUCUCUGGCUGAAGCAUAAUAUGAUUAUUUGCAAUGAAAAGUAGAUAUGAUAUUAGUCGUUUCGGAUACUAAUUUAUAGCUAGCUACAUGUCAGAAAACUAAUAUUUACAUAUGAUAAUCUCUGUUUUUAUUUCAAACUUAAAGUAGCUACAUUUCUGUGUGAAUUACCUGCAUUCAGUUGAGUACUAAACAAACCAAAGCAUAGAUAUCUGAAGGUUACAUGAAUAGAAUUUUGUUUUCUGCUCAAGAAUUACCCAGAAGCCAUUUACCUGGAAUUAGCCUAUAAUUAUACUGUGAAAUGUUCUUGACUUGAACUAAUAAGCUGUCUCUGCAAUAGAUGAAACAAAGAAAUGCCAAUGUGCCCAAGAUAAAAGGGUUCAUGUGUUUUUUUAUAUAUCGAACAAAAGGAACAGAGCAGCCUUUACAAUGCACAAAUGUUCAGUGUCCUUUAGUACAAAUUAGAAUUCAUCACUCUCUUGCGCAUUCAAGACAUCUCCUUGCGAAUGGCUAGAUUUCUGUGAGCGUAAUUGCAUGACUCAUCUGAGCUCCUACGGCUAAUCAACCCAUAUUUGGAAACCAGUCUGAUGGACUUUCUUCAGCAGAAGAGCUCUAGACAGACGAGUAUCAAAUCUAAAGCAUUUGAAAACAUACAGUCUUCAUAACACAAACCAUGGAUGCCUUCUCUGUUGGUAAUAGUCUAAAUCAAACAGCCAUUUAUUAUGGAUUUGUCUUACAUUAGAUUUAAUCUGAUCUCAGAGUAGGGUUGUGAGAAGUACCGCCUUUCGGUACCAAGUCGGUACUGAAAUUUUAAAAAUGUGACGAUACCAGCAUUUCCCCCUAGCAUUUUGAGCACCGUUGAGUGGAUUCUUAAAGAAGAGCGUGAAGAGCAUCAAAGAUGUCUAUUAUCUAGGGCUGCCCUCUAAUAGUCGACUAAUGGUUCGUUCACACAGAAGGCGGCGUCUUUGCGUCUAAAACGCGAGACGCAAUGCUCAGGAAUGGUUUUUUCAAAAAAGCACAGAACACGAGGGUCUUGAGACAUGCUUUUGAGACAUGAUGCAAUAACAAACAAAUAAAACAGCUACUGUAAACAAAAGCUCACAACGCUUGCCCCGCCUCCGAGUUCUUCUGAUUGGUCCACUGUUUUGGAACUGACAUUGAUUAGCGGCACUGCGUGUAAAAGUUGAAAUUCUCAUUUGUCGUCUUAAAAUGCGCCACUCAUGUGCGAGGCUCUACAAAAGACGCGGGACGUCCUUUUCGCUCACCAGCCACUCUGGCUAGUGGUUUUCCAAAGUUACUAGCCACUCAGCACUUUCACUGGCCACAAUUUUACUGUUGGGAAAUUACAUUUUAUAUGAUUAAAGUUGACUUUGGCAUGGUUAAAUUACUUGAUUUUGAGUCAUUUUACUUGAUUUAGAAGAUUUAAAACCCUUUCAAACUUUCAAAUGCAGAUUGACCACCUAAAUCAAGACUACAUUGUAUAUCAGCUGAUAUGUAGCCUACAGGUGGGCAAGGGGUGGGCAAUAUGAGCAUUGGCUAAUAUGAUAAAUUCUAAGUUAUUUUUGUUAGGCUAUAUAAAAGAACAAAGAAGCAAAUUACAAAAACAAUAGUAAAUUUUAAAAAAUCUUUUUUCAGAUACAGUAGGUUUAUUUAACAUGUAUACAUUUAUUUAACAUUUUUUGUUGUUUGAUUAACAUUAAUGACAGACAGGUAUUUAAUUGGGCUGCUGAAUGCAUGGACGUAAUAUACUGACACAUAUCCAGUUAUUACCCACCUGUUUACAUCCACUUAAGCCAAAACCGACUGUAUUCACGCGAGAUACUCCACACGACGGACAUUUUGACAUCUGUGUGUGCAUGUAUUUGACUAUUCAGGCGCAAGGAGAACUGAUCGCGCGCGCGACAGAAAGAGAGAUCGCACGCGAGAAAGCGCUUCUGUUGUGUGUCAUUCAGCACGAUUCCGUCUAUCCUGCCUUCACUAACAGCAAGUUAAUCGAUAAAGAAUUGUAACGUUAAUUGAAUUGUAAUUUUGUGAUAUGACGAUCUUCAACGAUCUUAAGCUGAAAUUAAAUUCAACCCGCCAAAGUGGCUAGUGGGAGUGGCUGUCUUACCCGCCACAGCUGAAAUCUGCCCGCAUUUGGCGGGUUGGCGGGUGUUAAUGUCAAGCCCUGUGGCUUAUCAUAAGAAACAUGUAAGUAGUAUCAACUUUAGAUGGCCGCUUGCUUUAACGUUAACCUAGAAAAAUGUGGGCUAUUCAAGUGUUUGUGCGGAGUGUGAAAGCUGAAUAGUAGCGCACUUACUGCAUGACGGCUAACAUGGAGGCGCCGGUGCGAUCACUUGCACUUAAAAUACUCCAUUAUUUUUGAGUAAGAGUAAUGCAUCUUUUGAAUUUGUGAAUAGUCUACUUUUAUUUGCGUGCACUAACGAUAACAACAAAACGUUGUGCUUUUGUAAAAUAAUGAAAGCAAACAGGGUGCGAUUUCUGCCGUCUUUCUCUGUGAACUUGAGCGCGCCGAAAAAAGAACCGACACUCCAUGUAAACUUUCCUCACACAGACAUGAAAAAUAUAUCUAUAGAAAGUGAAAUGUCUACUUUUAAAUGAACCAAUUGAAAUGGAAAACAAAUAUUCUUUGAUUACAUAAUCCGUAUGAAACGUGCAUAUAGGCGCGUCCACUACUGAGGAGAUGACGAGUCAGCAUCGUCAACUUCAUCACUGCAGCCAAUACAGAAAACACUAGUUUAUCAAUUAAUUAUUAAAAUGUUAAAGCAAUCUCCCUGCUGUUUUUCCCCGACGCAUUCAUAAUCAUUACUUCUGUCGGUGCGCUUGAAUGCUAAUUAGGCUAUGAAGGCAUAAAAGGCUAUUUAUUAUGAUUUAUAUGGUUUAUUAAUAAACGUGCGAUUUGUCGACUAAUCGCUUAAAAUGAACAACUACUAGUCGACCAGAAAAAUCGUUAGUCCAGGGCAGCCCUACUAUUUACAACAUGUUUUUGAAGUGUAUAUCACAGACAUAUCUGUUGAGCAGAUGAACACAAUGGCCAAUCAGAGGUUAAGAGUCCACUCAACAGCACUCAAAAUCUUAGAGGGAAAUGCUGGUAUUGUCACAUUUUUUAAAUUUCAAUACGAAGUUGGUACUUUUCACAACCCUAUCUCAGAGUCCUAUUCGAUUUGAGAAACAGAUGAACAGAGAGCGAAAGUGCCGUGUCUUGACCCGACUCUCAAAAGUCUUUCUCAAUCUCCUGUUGUGCUUUUGGCUUUUGCUUCUUUUAUUUAUUAAUGCUUCCAUGUGGUUUGUCUUUUGCUGGAUGUUAUCUUGAUCAUAUACUGCUCUGUUGUCUCCCUUUUUGAACAUCUGUUAUGUACUGUGUUGUGCCCUGUAGCUCAAUAUAUUCUAUACAUUGUCUUUCAUAAUGACAGCCUCACAGUUUCAGACUCAUGCAACAAGAGCAACCGCCAGAUGAUAGUAAAUAUACAGACAAAAAAUCUAUUUAUAUUUUUGUAUAUAAAUAGAUGGUUAUGACAAGAAUAUCUAUUAAACACAAUCUGUUUCAGACCUUUAAUAAUACAGUUCAUCUGUGUGAGCGUGUGCAUGUGUGUCUGUACGUGACUCCGUCUCCCACCGUUCAUCUCUGUGCGCUCUGCUCUCCACUCAAUCUAGGUGAUGUUGUCGUGUCUUCUGUAAGUGCUAACCUUCAUGCUAUUUAUGUGUUCAUAUGUUUUUGUAGCUCUGAACACUGUGAGUAAUAAAACAGUGCCUGCAAAAAAAUUAAUAAAAUUCUACGCUCUCUCAAA